AUGUUUAGAAUUUAUUGGGCCUCUGCUAUGCAAUGUUUGAAUCGAUCGUCACAACCAGGACAGUUACUGGGUCGUCUUUCGAUGAGUCGGGCAUACCAAUCACAUCACUCAAUUGUGAACACAUUCGCCUGUUCAGACGUCAUAAUUCAGAUGCGUCCAACGUGCGUUGGUGAAGUAGUGGUUACACGCUCGCCUCGCAUGUCAGAUGUCCGAGGUUCAAAUCCCAGCACGACCAUUGGAUAUGCACUGCUAAUGAGCUCUAAUAAGUGCGAAACUCGAGUCCAGUGCUUCCCUUUGGUGUGGACUCACCUGAAUGAUUACGCCAGAACAGAGGGACGACCAUUUAAACGAGCGUGGUGUGGCUAUGAACAACGUUGGAAUAAAUUGACAUUCCUCCCUGUACAACAGCAACAGAUAUUACGAUUGUUGUUUUCCGAGUUAAAACCAAAAAUUCUAAUGCAAUGA